UCGCGAGUUCAUAUCACCGUCGUGAAUCCAUGGAUGGCGUCACUAUCAGCCCGUUUUGUUGUCGUACAAGUAAUAACGUUUAGCUGUUGAGUUGUUUUUAAAGCAGAUUUUUAGUGAAACUUCUUUUCCACAAGUCACUCGUCGUAGAUCCGUAGAUCCAGGCACGAGAAUGUUCUGGAUCUCACAUCUUCUUCCUAUAAAGCUCCGUUCUGAGUAGAAGAAGCCAGAAACAUCGCGUUCACGCACUCGGAAUUGAGAUAACAUCUUCUUGUUAAAUGGUGAUUAUCGAUGCCAUGGAGAGAAGGAUAAAACUGAAAACGCUCAACAGUCACAUAACAUGCAAGAUAUGUCGUGGGUAUUUAAUUGACGCUACUACUGUUACGGAAUGCUUGCAUACAUUCUGUAAGAGUUGUUUAGUAAAACAUCUAGAGGAGAAGCACACUUGUCCGACAUGCCAAAUUGUUAUACAUCAAUCACAUCCACUUCAGUAUAUCAGCUUUGACAGAACUAUGCAGGAUAUUGUCUACAAAUUAGUCCCUGACCUCCAAGAAAAUGAAAUCAAAAGGGAAAGAGAAUUUUACAGAGCCAGAGGUUUGCCUUGUCCUAAAGACAUUUUACCCAAUGCUGGGGAAAUCGAGGAAGAGAAGACUAACGCGGAUGCACACGCAGAAUCAGAUUAUCAUCGUACCGAUGAACAGGUUAAUGUAUGUUUAGAGUGUAUGAACGCUAGUUUGAAAACUUUAAAGAGGAGAUUUAUCAGGUGUUCCGCUCAGGCUACGAUAACACAUAUGAAAAAGUUUAUUGCCAAGAAGGUUUUGAGUGGCAUGGAAAAAUAUAGAGAUAUUGAUAUUUUGUGCAAUAACGAAUUAUUAGGUAAGGAUCACACAUUGAAGUUCGUUUAUGUGACGAGAUGGAGGUUCCGGGACCCACCUUUGAGGUUACAAUACAGAUCGCAUAUAGAUAUGCAAGACUAACCUUUUUCUACAUACGAAAUGUACAAAAAUCACAAAAGGAUCUGUUCCUUUAUUUGUACAUUUUUAUAGUUAUAUUUUUAUCUUAAUUAUUGUGGUACUUAUUUCUAUGUUCUGUCCGUGAAGCAUUUGUGUAGAAUUUAAAAAAAAAUAGUUUUGAUUCCACGAAAACAGGAUGUUACAUCGAUUUCAAGAUGUAUUAAUCUAUACUAAUAACAAUAAGAUCCUAUUACGUAGUAGUAAUAGGAUCUUACUGUUGAAUCAAAGAUCGUUCUUGUGAUGUAUUCUUCGACUGUGUUUGGAGAGUGUCAGUCUAUCCUUGAUUCGCUAAUGAAUGAUAAAGAUAGAAUAACACGAUAGCGCUAAUAAUGUGCUUCCCGAACGCAGCUUUUACAUGAAUUAUAAGAUAUUAUCUUUAUAUAAUUAAAGAUGAAUUUACAAAUCAAGAAUUAUCUUUUUUUCAGUAGCGCAUUACAUUUGUUAAUAUUUAAUUGUGGCUCAUAUAGGAAAACAUAACGUCUUAAAGAAAAGCGAAAUCUGUAUUUUGAUCUACGGUGUGUAACACGUCUUUCUUUGUAGAUAUUCAAUCAUCACCGCACUAUACAGAUUUUGUAUCUGCGCGUUAAAUUUCGGCGGGUCAUCUUCUCUCAUGACACGCAGAACAUUGACAAAUGAGUGUGAUUAUUUUUUACGAUGCGAAACAAAACCACAGAUCCUCAUUUUGUGAAAUUGUACAUUUUUUUCACACAAGCACGUACCCUACCUUUGUACAUAGAAUAUUUUUGACAGAAUGCGAACAACGUUGCGCUUAGGGAGAUACAAGCUUUGUAUUAGAUAAAUGAAAGAAAUCGGGUCUGGAUAAUCUCGGGCCUUUUUAACUUUGUAUGUUUAUGCGUCGUAUAUAUUCUAAUGGCGUUGCAUGUUUCUCUCGACGUCGGCUCACGAUUGAAGAAAAAAGAUAGUAUAGUAUUGUUAUAGUAAAAUAUUUUCAGGAGAUUCGCCAUGUUGGGCCAAGGCCGUGUCGAGCGAGACGCGUAACGCGUAUAUCGCUUGUAGUAAAUGAUCCCGUUUCAUCCGACGAUCGCUAAGCGGUAACGGAAAGGUGUGAUUGUACAUAAUUAGAAAAAUCGAACACGACUUUUUGCAAAGUAGCGAUACCGCAAGAAGAGCUAGAGCUUGUACGAUGUACACUGUAUAUGCGCAUCUUCAUAAAUUAUUGAAUAAAUAUGUUUUGUACAGUA